AUGUCAAGCUCUUUCUUAUCAAUAUAUUCCGACAACUGGACCUUGUCAGAUCGGAAGACUGGAUUGAUAAAAAUUGAAAGCAGCUCUACCACAGAUUCCUCGACUUCAUCGCUUCUGCGAUCUAACACAGUCUUAAGUUCGCCAUGCAAAAUAAAUGAGGCACUUCUCAAAGGGAUCACAGAGCUGAAUAUUGAAGAUACAUAUAAUGAAACACCUUCCCUUUUAAUAGCGGAAAGAAGUAUUUCUACUUUGAACCUGAUUCUUAGAAGUAUGGUCGAGGAUAAUGUUUAUCUCACAGAGAAAAUUAUUCUCCACAAAUACAUCUGGGACUUCAGUGUAUACGAGCAACGUCACGAUGAAUUUCCUUUAGAAAAUGUGCCAGUCAAGUGCAAUAUACUCAAGACUUUGAAGAAACUGUUAACGGAUUACAGAGAGUCAAACUAUCAACUACAUUUAGAGGUUGUAGCCAAAGUCCUACAAUAUCUCAAUAAAUUGUUUCAAGCAUCGCAUAUGGAAGCACCUGUAUCUCAUAGACACGACAGGGAAAGCAUAAUAAGGGGCUCUGCGUCCUCUCUCCGAAACGCACCUCAUCAUGUUGUUGACUCGAGACAGUCAACAAUUUCAAUAGACACGCAAUCUAUUCGACACCCAAAUAGCACUACUGGAAGCAUACAAAGCUCAUCAGGCAAGUCAAGAAUACUAUCUAAACUUUUCUCUAACCCAAGGAAUAAUCGCGGGAAUAAUAAUUUAUCGGACGUACUUUCGAUCAAAAAAAGUGCAAGUGAACAGAAUCGUCAGGAUUCAGACAGAACGACUUCGAAGAGAAUUUCAACAAGCCACAAGAUUCAAGACGUGAUCGCUAUGGUGGAGUAUAAGGAUUUUAUUGUUCAGCUUACUGAAGAAUUAAAACGAUUACCCAAAACUGAUAAGAAUGACAUUAUAUUCAACUUCGUUGAUAAAAGCAUCAAUGCUUUUGUUUUGAAAGACGUGCGACUUCUACUGAGACAUUACCUAGAGACUGAAGUAAUUAUGAUGCUAUGA